UGGUGGUGGUCGUGUUCGUCGUGUUGUUGUCGUGCGGUCGGUGUUGUGUUUUGGUGUGUGUUCACAGAUUGAAAAUUGGUUGGUCGCCUCACGGCGCCCAGGGCCUCACGCUUCACUCAUUCACUGUAUAUUCCACGCCAUCUGGUCUUCGUGUUUGUUGUUUCGCUGUUUACACUCUGGAACGAAUGUUCAUAUGCAGACCCCCGGUCCCCGGCAUUUGAAUUUGAAUUUGAAUUUGCGUACUGUCAGGUCUCUCCUCUGGUGUUGCCAUGAAGUUGAAGCAUCUGAAGAGCAUUCUGGACGAUGUGGACACGUUCGACGCGCCGAAUGUCCACCUGGAACAGUACCCGACGCCUCCCGACAUUUCAGCGGAAAUGAUGCACUACGUCUUCAGUCAAGGCGAGAUUACUGGAAAGCAUGUUGCCGAUCUUGGCUGUGGUGGCGGCAUCUUGAGCAUUGCAGCGUCAGUUUUGAAUGCUGGGCACGUGGUGGGCUUCGACAUAGACGCGGCUGCCCUGGGAGUCUGUUCCAGGAACUGCGAGGAGAUGGAGAUCACGGCCGUCGACCUUGUGCAGUGCGACCUGUCCCUGCCGCCAGAUCACCGCUGGCGGGGAUUCUUCGACACCGUCGUCAUGAACCCUCCGUUUGGCACAAGGACAAAAGGUCUGGACAUUGCCUUCCUAAAAGCCGCACUGUUCAUGUCGUCCGGGUCCGUGUACAGCCUGCACAAGACUUCCACGAGAGAGUACAUCAAGAGGAAAGCUGAAGAGCUGGGUGUUAACUGCCGCGUCAUUGCAGAGCUACGGUACAACAUCGACCGCAUCUACGUGUUCCACAAGAAGGACUCUAAGGAUGUAGCUGUUGACUUUGUGCACUUCUCGCCCAAGAGCAUCGCCUCAAAGAGCUGACACCCAGGGCCAAGUGCCGGACCAAAAGAGGGACAGUUUUUGAGAAGUUCUUUAUUUGCAAAAUGACAGUCCACAAGCGUCGUAUAUACAAAAAAGUAUCUUACAAAAAGAAUGGGGUUUCCACGCAUCGAGGCGUACACGCAGUACCGGUUGGUGGCAUUCCAGUCGCAACGCACAACCACGUGCGUUACACGAUCACACACAGAUGCACAGCCUGAGACCUUGCAACACUAUCGGCGAGGGAGUGUGCGUAGAAUGUGUACGUACAGGUUAUGGAGCGCCUGCCUCUCGCGAAGGGGCUACGGAAAGCAAGCCGACCGCCGUUAAUACUGAUUCGACUGGUUGUCUCGCCUUUGUGGCACAAAUGAACAACCGCUAUGUACACCCACAGUCCCUUUGUCCCUCUGGUCUGAAUAUGCACUUUUCUGGUCAUGCUCGGGGAGAGCUCAGAAGCUCCGGGUAACCAAACGUGUGGUCCAGUCGUUUUGAUUGGAUUAAAUCGCCAUUUGCUCUGUCAUGCCCGCAGAAACCUUUUGCAUUCAGCAAGCCUCGAAUUUCUGGAAGUGUGCGAAUAAUUAGUGGCGCUUAACAAAAGAGGUGGUAUUACGGCUGGGGUAGGUUUAGUUAUGUCCAUUCUCCAGUGCCAGUUGUGCAAGCCCUUCCAAAGUGUCUGUCUUGUUUGCAGCUAUAGUCACUGACGAGGGAGGAGCUUCUGUUAUCCCACCUCCAGUGCAAGCUUCCUACAUUUGACAACACUUUGGCAUCGCAUGCUCCUUGAGUGCGCACUCACAGCCAGAGCGCUGCAACAGAUGUGGAGUGCAUGCUGAAGGCCGACUAUCGAAAGACAUGUUCUGCCAUUCUCACUUUAAAAUGAUACUAAGUUCACCUUUGUCUCGAAGACGUUGACUAAGAAAGCAAACGUGUUAGCACCUAAUAAUUCGAAGAACUAUUAUGCUUGUUAGGAUCAGUUGGAAAGAUUCAGGCUAUGCGGUAUGCCAGUGGCAAUGAAAUUUAGAAUUCCAGUAGAAGUUCAGACCAGAGACACUGGUGACAUUGAGGAACCAUGGUACGACUGAGCUUGGGUGGCUCAUGAACACAAAGUCUGCUGUUGAGGACAUGAGAAUGACGAGUGUUGGUGCACACAUGAGCAAGCACUCCAAUAAAGGACAGAAAGCAUUUGACCACCAUCACAAUCAAACUUCAUGGACAUAAAUUACACGAGACAGAAUAAACGAUACAAAACCGGGAACGGGAACGAGCUGUUCCAAUGUCUAACAUAUGGCCACCAAUAGAUAUUCCAGUAGUUGCCUUGUUCAAGCUACUGAAAUAUUAACAAAGGUUGUGGUCAGCAUGGAAUUUGGUUGACAAUGCAAGCUACGAUACAGACAUUUGCGAUUUCUUGAUGCGUUUCCUAAUGAUUAUGCUUGGGUAUACUUUUGCACAUUACUCGUCCGAGGUAUAUGAAACAACAGACAUUCAACAUAGUCACUCCUACAAAUGAUGUGCGACUUAAGUUGCAUGCAGAAAAAAUGAGCAUGGCUCUCCAACUGCUUGUUAAAUGAUCCUAUCUGGGCUUCCUGACCUGAGCUAGACUUGCAUUCUUGAAAUAGUUUGCCCGUAUGGCAGCAAAAAGGAGAAAGCGCUAUGUACAUAAAAGUAAGUUUCACCUUCAGUUUGUUUUCCCCCCUCUUCACUCUGGAAAAAGCUUUGAAAAGUUUAUUGUGGGCUCUACACUAAGCAGUUGAGUCUCGGCUGCUACGAGGCUAGUUGUGUUACUAAGCCAGGAUUUCAGGACUUCCAACGAACACAUCUGGUUUGCUUUUCGGGAAGUCUAUGCCAAGUUACUCGUCAAAGAGCGAACUCUGCGGCUCCCCGAACCAAUCAGAGCAAUGGAGGCAAAGCACAUGACAGCCCUUACCAGAGGCAAGAGUGUAACCCAUCAAAUUGGAGUGGAGGGAAGGAGAGACUCCUCUCUUAACUGGACCUCCUUUUGUGUAUCCCAGAUGUCGCUCUUCUUUCCCUAGAAGAUUAGCCCAUCACUAAAAAUUCAUACAGAAGUGACUUUCGUCUCCUACCCAUGGCUUCGACAGCACUUUGUGCAAGUAUUGAGCUAGAGUAUAUAGUCACAUGUCUGCCUCCAACACACUGAUUGGCUCUGGGACCGUAGCCUUUGCCGUUUGCCAAGUCACCGUGAGACUGAGUAUAGCUCACAUUGACGAGACUUGCGUGCCGACGUACUCUUUUGGAGAUGCCGUAGGAACACUACCUUAUUUACACUAGAUUCUGAGCACCAAUGAGUACAUGGAAACAUAUGCUAUAAUGAGUCUACCAAUAUGGGGAUUAGAGAGUGUUUUGUCCUGUCCACUCAUCCGAGUGCAAUGCCUAGCUGGCCUUUUCUUGCAUGGUGUGGACCAGAUCACCGUCUCUCGGAGCAGCUGCAGUCCUUGGCGACGAGGUUGUUCAGUGUUGUGGUGACAACGCUUUCCUGGUCCAGGUAGGUGACGUUGAAGGGCGUGUAGGUCGCAGAUUUGCAGCUGUCCACCUUUAAAUAAAGAGCAAGCAAAGAUUUUUUAUAUGUGUGUUUUAGAAUAGAUUAUGAAUAAAAUAUGGCUUCCUCUUGCA